AUGGACGACGAGAUACCCGAGUUGGUCACUGAACUUGACGAGACUUUCGUCACCAAGCCAGAGUACUUGGCUACUCAACAAGACACAACUCAGUAUGAGCAGAAACCGUCGAAGGUGACAAGCAAGUUACCCAUCACGAUCGUGACUGGGUACUUGGGAUCUGGAAAGUCGACCCUACUAGAGAUGAUCGGCCGCAAGUCCAACAAGCGAUUGGCCAUUAUAUUAAAUGAAUUUGGUGACUCGGCUGCCAUUGAAAAGUCGGUCACGAUCAAGGAUUCCGAGAAGAACGAGAGUGUUCAGGAAUGGCUAGAUCUAGGUAAUGGCUGCCUUUGCUGCACCGUUAAAGACAAUGGUGUGAUGGCCAUCGAGAACCUCAUUGAGAACUCCGGUGACAAGAUUGACUACAUUCUCUUGGAGACUACAGGCAUUGCAGAUCCAGCGCCAAUUGCCGAGAUGUUCUGGUUGGACGAUGCUCUUGCUGCUAGUGUAUACAUUGACGGAGUAAUUACUGUGGUUGACGCCGCAAACAUAAUUCAAUGUCUCGAUGACAUUGGCGGCCACUGGCACAGAGCAAACAAGCAUGUCCUUCAGGAUGACGAUGAGGAUGUGAGUCCUGAAAAGAAAGAGCAGGAGAGGAAGAUGUUGGAUGAGGGUAUCAGUACAGCACAUCUUCAGCUAGCCCUUGCUGAUACCAUCUUGAUCAAUAAGAUUGAUACCAUUGAGGGAGAUAAGAGUAAACUAGAAGAGAUUUGCGGUAGGGUCCGUGACAUCAAUUCUUCAUCCCCCAUCUACACAACCUCAUACGGAGAUAUCGAUUUGGACAAGAUCUUGGAUCUACAUGCAUUUGAGGCUUCAAGCGAGAAGCUCGCGAAUCUGGUGAGUUUGGCCACCAGCUCGUCUUAUCAUGAUGAUAGGAUACAGACUCUCACGAUAGACUUUCCCUUUUUCAGCGACAACUCAGGGUUCGAUAAGGUGGAGAAGUAUCUUCAACAUGUACUCUGGGAGAACGACGCAAACGGUGUCUCUGUCGAAAUUCACAGAACGAAAGGAGUGUUGGUGUGGAAGGACGAUGUUAGAGUUGUCCAAGGCGUACGGGACACUUACGAGGUGAUUGAAGGCGGUAAAUUGCACGAGAGUAUCAAAAAUAACAAAAUCGUGUUCAUAGGUAAGGGCCUUGACAAGCAGGCAUUGGAGGACGAGUUGCAUAAGUAUAUAUAG